UGGAAAGGAUUAAGUGAAGGCACUGCAAGGGACUACUCUGGAUUUUUAUUCCAUAAACAAGGCGACACAUUACAUAAAGUCAUGGAUGUUCCUAUAAGAGUAAUGACUAUGAAAGUCAUUCAGAUAAAUUACCCUUAUGUCAAUGUGUUUCAGUUACUCUAAUCAUCUAAUGUAACAGGGAGGAUUCUUUCUUUUACUCUCAAUGAUAAGUCAGUUUAGUUGCUCAUAACAGUAGAUUUGUUGACGAAUCUAUAUGAUUGAGAUAAAAAAAAAAAUAAAAUGAAAGUGGUAGUGGAAAACGGGUGAUUGAGCAGAGCAGGGAGUCAUGAUGACGUGGGUAUGAACACAGGUUGAAAAAACAUUGAUAAAAAAAUAUAGAGCUACAUUGUUCCAAGAUGUAUGGAGAAUGUUAAAGUUUCAUAAGAUGAAAUAACUUCUGAACAUAUGGUUUGAUGUGUCGAAAGUGCAAUAUGCUGUGUGUGUGUGUGUGUGUGCAACGCACGUCAUUCUGUGUUCGCCUGACUCGCCUCUCGGCACAGUGGCAGUGGUUGCGUGUCCACCGUGACGAGCCAAGGCCACGUAACUGAGUAGCGGGAUUGUGACCUGCGGGGCACGCUGGUUAUUGCUCCCUGCCCUCCUCCACCGCAGUCACCGUCCCUGUCCUGCUUCCUCGCACCACUCCACGCCCUUCCAUCAUCUGAGCCUCUAUUUAGAUACGAGGAGAAUCAAAUCAGUAACACGAAACUUUAUUGUCAUUAUAAACAUCAUAAUCUCUUCUGUUAUCUUCACUAUAAUGAAGUUAAGUUUGACAUCAUGAAUCACCACCACCAUCGCCAAUAGCGGCCCAGAGGGACCAGCCGGCCGACUAGCAGGCUGAGUCAAGGACUAAUUACUAUGAGCGUCUACAAUCUAGUAAUGUGUGUAAUUUACUAAAAUAUGGAGCUCCUGUCAUUAUAUAUACAUUUUACUAAGAUUUCCUGUCGGAAGGUUACGAAAUUUCCUUGGUGGUGUCUGGCAUCACUUCGGACCAGGAACCGGUCAGAGGUUAGUCGUGGUGACGCUGUGGUGUGUUGUGUUUCUAGCGUGCAUUGUUCUGUGGUUGUGGUGAAUGUCACCAGUGAACCAACGCAUACUUGUUUAUCUGAAAGUCGUGAAAACCUUAAGAAGACGUUGGAACUGAAUCGAUUGCAGUUCCAAUAGAAAAAAUAGGUAUGCGAAGCAACGACUUUCCGAUGACUCCCGAGUAGCGAGGCUGGAAACAUGCCGUGCUGGGAACCAUUCAUCUCCCGUCCCUUCUUGUUAGCGCUCCUUUCUAUUCAUGGUGUUGCAUCUGUGUUCAUUCCCACAUUACCGCCGCUGGAAGACGACUCUAAGGGAGACCCAGGGUUGGGACGCCUCGACCUGACCAUCUCCAACACCACGGAACACUCGCCGGGGAUCCUCAUCGGCGGGAACACGGUGAGGAUAUCACAGGUGUCGCCGAGCAGGACGUCCACGGAGGCGCCGUACGGGUCGUGGCCUUCCCCCGUCACCAGCAACCUUGUGACGGAGCCUAUUAGUGCUGUGGUGGAGCCUCCCAGAAUUGACCCCAUCACAGGUUUGGUGUUUUGGAGCGAGGAGCUGAAUGGACGCCGCGCUGUGUACCACUUUGAUCCAGACAUACGAAAGGUGGUGCGCUGGACGGCCCCAGACUAUGAUGUAGUGAGCCGCGUGCACGAGUACGGUGGCGGUUCAUUUACUGUCUACAAUAACACUCUCUUCUUCUCCCGCGGUGAGGAUGACGCGAUGUACCGUCAGGAGGGCCCCGCGUCUCAGCCCUCGCGCCUCACACAGGGCCAGAAGAAGAGAUAUGCUGAUGGUGUCUACAGUCCCGAGUGGAACGCGCUCUUUCUGGUGAUGGAGGACCACUCCCAGGUGGAGGAGGGAGGUCUGCAGGAGCCUCGAAACAGUAUCGUGAUGGUGGACGCCUCAAGCGGGAAGGAGAAAAUCAUCGUUGAACACGCGGACUUCUUUGCGUCUCCGAGGAUCACCCAAGAUGGCCUGCACCUUGUGUGGAUACAGUGGAACCAUCCCAGAAUGCCGUGGGACGAGAAUCAGAUGUUCGUAGCGGGGCUGAAGGAACACGAGACAGACAUCACCAUCAGCAGGUUCUUCCAACACGGCAGCAUGAUGACGCCUUUCUUCGACCAAAAUAAUGAGUUGUUCUAUGUUCACGACUCGACCGGCUGGUGGAAUCUGUACUGGGUCAACCGUCGCGGCUUCGAGAUCAACCUGACGCCUCAGUCCCUGGAGGUGGGCUGGCCUACAUGGAGGUUGGGCCGCCAAGCCUACGACAUCAAUCCUCGGCUGGGCGCCAGGGAGGCUGUUGUCAUCUGCGGCCACGACCUGACCGUGGUGGACCUGCGCAAGCAAAAGCGUCGCGUCAUCAAGACUGGCUAUACCACGUACAGCCUUGGCGUGGCCUACUCCAAGGCAGGGGACAAGGUGUACACCGUGGCCAGUGAUGGGUCGCGCCAUGCCCGCCUGGUAGAAGUGGAGGUAAGGACAGGCCGCACCCGUGACGUGAGCCAGGCGUCCGAUGCUGAGGUGGAGAAAGGAUACAUCAGCACCGCCCGCCUCAUGCAGUUCCCCACCACGCAGGGAGACUUUGCUUACGGAUACCUCUAUUCUCCCAAGAACAAGGACUACCACGCACCGGCAGGAACACUCCCGCCGCUGCUAGUGAAGGUGCACGAGGGGCCUACUGACGCAGCCUCCACCGCCCUCAACCUUUAUUACCAGUUCUUCACCUCACGGGGCUUCGCUAUUCUGGACGUGGACUACCGAGGCAGCACAGGUUACGGCAAGUUGUACCGCAAUAAGCUGAACGAAAUGUGGGGCGUGUACGAUGUGGAGGACGUGCUGGCAGGGGCGAAGCACGUGGUGAAGGAGGGGCUGGUGGAUGAGGCACGGGUGUGCAUCGACAGCAGCUCCAUGGCGGCCUACACAAUGUUGUCAGCCCUCACCAUACCGGGGUCUGUCUUCAAAGCAGGUGCGAGCUACUACGGCGUGUCAGAUCCUGAAACGAUGGCUACCAACACUCACAAGUUUAAGAAAAACUACAUGGAGGCGCUGAUCGGGAACCUGGACCGUCACAAGGACCGCUACGUCACCAGGUCGCCGCUCAGGAACUACGAGAGGCUAGAGGUGCCCAUGAUUUUCUUCCACGGAGCGAAUGACAAGGUAGUUCCCCCUGACCAGGUCCGCGGGAUGUACAACCUGGUGAAGACCAAACAACUCCCCGCUGCCUUCAUUGUUUUUGAUGAUGAAGGGCACGUCUUCACUCACCGGGAGUCGCUCAGCAGAGCACUGGAAGCAGAGUUCUACUUCUUCGCCAUGGUGUUCAACUUUACUCCGGCUGAUAUUGUUUCUGAUAUAACAAUAGAUAAUAUGGAUGGUGAGCAAACGGGAAAAGAGGAAAGACAGUUUCCCUCCCGGCGAUGACCAAGUAGUUUCCAUCAAGAUCACGGACCCAAAGGCCCUGUAAACCACACCACUGAAACCGGGCCAACGUAAGCACCUCAAUGAACCCACUGUAGGAUAAAGGUCUCCCAUGGUGGCUGAACUGGUUUUAUCUACUUGUAAACAGGAGACACGGAUAUUAUCUGAAGUCUUUAACGCGGAUCUGCGCGUUAUGGUUAUUUUAUUUAUUUAUUUUUUAUUCAUUUUUUGUAAUGCUGAAUAAAAAGAAAAAAAAAUCGAGAUAAAAAGUUAAGAAUUCUUC